UGGCAGACUUGAACAGUAGGAGGAAGAAGGAAGUGUUUAUAUCAGGAUUUGAGUCAUCACCUUUGAGCCAAGCAUUAUUGGGAACUCUUUCCGUAAUAAUUUCUUAUAUCUGACUAGGUUUGUUUUGCCUCAAAGCUACAAUGAGAACAAUAUCUAUGUUGUUUAUCGUGCUGGUUUAUUUGUCUGGUGGUGUCAGAGGUCCUCUUCAAGGAGACUCAAAGGAUCUGUUACCAAAUUCUCUACCUGUAAGCGAUAUGCCAGCACAGAACAUUUCUGCAAAGGACAUGUCAGCACCAGGAGUAUCUACUGGAAAUAAACCAGAAGCAGGCGUAUCUACUGGAAAUAAACCAGAAGCAGGAGUAUCUACUGGAAAUAAACCAGAAGCAGGAGUAUCUACUGGAAAUAAACCAGAAGCAGGAGUAUCUACUGGAAAUAAACCAGAAGCAGGAGUAUCUACUGGAAAUAAACCAGAAGCAGGAGUAUCUACUGGAAAUAAACCAGAAGCAGGAGUAUCUACUGGAAAUAAACCAGAAGCAGGGGUAUCUACUGAGAAGGAAAUGACACUGGCACCAGUAGCCUCUCCUGAAAAGGAAACGACACUGGCACCAGUAGACCCGGCUGGAAAGGAAACGGCACCAGUAGACCCGGCUGGAAAGGAAACGGCACCAGUAGACCCGGCUGGAAAGGAAACGGCACCAGUAGACCCGGCUGGAAAGGAAACGGCACCAGUAGACCCGGCUGGAAAGGAAACGGCACCAGUAGACCCGGCUGGAAAGGAAACGGCACCAGUAGACCCGGCUGGAAAGGAAACGGCACCAGUAGACCCGGCUGGAAAGGAAACGGCACCAGUAGACCCGGCUGGAAAGGAAACCCACGGCACACGUGAUGAGGCAGAGAGCAGUCACUUCUUUGCUUAUCUUGUGUGUUCAGCUGUGUUGGUGGCAGUGCUCUACAUUAGCUACCACAACAAGCGGAAGAUCAUUGCCUAUUGCGUCGAGGGAAAGAGGUCGAGAUCGGGACGUCGGCCCAAAGGCGCAGAGUACACCAAGCUGGAACAGAAUUAGUGAAGAAUGUCAUGAAGUCAUUGCCAGAAAACUGUGGAUAUAGGUGUUAAGAUGAAACUGAUUCCUGGGGAAAGAAGACUUGCUUGGUUUAAUCAACAAACAAAAAAAGUUGUUUUAUUUUUACAAAUGGGUAUUACUUAGAUGUUUGUUUUGGGAUGCUUAUUGCAUGACUAUGCAGAGGAUACUGUUGCUGAGAAAGAUAAGCAUGCUUGUGUUUGCACUCCUGUGUUAUUGUGGUACUUUGGGGCGUCCUUUGUGUUCUCAGUCAGUCCAUAAUACCUUGAUGUACUGACUCAGGAUGAUUUUGUUUGUCACAGAAGAAGUUGUAUUGUGAGGAUUCCAACUGGUCCCUUAGUGUUUGCAAGUACUAUUGGACAGUAGUUGGACACCUGCUAUGAUGACCACAAUGUUGGCCAGAUGAAUGUAAUUGUACUUCUUGUAUGUUUUGGAGUGUUGUAUUUUCUUUUUAGCUUGAUCCCUUCUGAGAUGGCAGAGGAAAGGGACGUUUUAGUUGCGUUGUGUUGGUUGGAGUGGAGUAAGUGGAAAAACAGUGAAGGUGAUUGUGUGACUGAUAAUGCAUGUGGAUGAAUGAUACUGAAGUUAACCUAUGCCUAAGUUCCAAAUAUAUUAGAGCAGGGGUGUCAAAAGCAUUAUCUUUACGAGGUUCGGAAGGCCACAAUGUGUUAUUUCCUAGCUGUCAGAAUCUGAAUUAGAGCUCUGCUACCUGACCCAAGCCUGAUGGGCCCUAACAUUAUACAUCGGUUAGAGCCUGGUAGGCCUGUUUUUACCCCCAUCAAUAACUAGGGUACGGGCAGGGCUCGGGUAUCACUAAAUUGAUCAGUAACAUGUUGAAGCUGAGCCAUUUGCUUGUGCUUUUCUGCUCCGUACAGUCAUAUCUAAGAUCAUAACAUGGUGCCAGAAGUGCUUCAAAUAUAACGGGAGAGCUUAUUUCACAAAUAAUGUUCCUUGAGUUUUGUAGAAGUUUAGAGUGACAAAAAGUAGCUAAAAGCCAAUGUAUGGUUAAUCUGGCAGCUGAAUUGGCCGUAGAGCAUUUAAUGCGAUGCGGUCUCUGCAGAAGUCAGGGCAUUCAUAUCUUGAGGAGCAGAGCAGAGUUGUUGUCAAGGAAGUGCGUUUGUGUUUAUACGGGCCCCCACCUACCAUCAACCAAUCAUGUCAAUGUGGAGUGGUACGGAGCUCCCAGCAUUGUUACAUGCGGCCUCCGGAGGCUCUGUAUAGAGGGUGUGAUGCAGAUCUUGCGGAGGCCGCAUCGCCUCCCAGAUUUUGUAUCCAUGCGGAGGGCUCCCUAUAGCUCUGCAUUGAAAUGAUUGAUCAACGGCAGGGUAGCCUAGUGGUUAGAGCGUUGGACUAGUAACCGGAAGGUUGCGAGUUCAAACCCCCGAGCUGACAAGGUACAAAUCUGUCGUUCUGCCCCUGAACAGGCAGUUAACCCACUGUUCCCAGGCCGUCAUUGAAAAUAAGAAUUUGUUCUUAACUGACUUGCCUGGUUAAAUAAAGGUAAAAUAAAAAUAAAUAAAAAACGGCUUUAACACUUCUCGUCAUUGAGCAGAGCAGCCCAACGGAGCCGUUGCUAUGGUUACGCAGACUGAGCCGCUAUUAGCAUAGUGCAUGCAGAGCGUGCUGCUAGCGCGAGACGGACAAAGAGGAGCAGCUAAUGGAUUUACUAAGUGAGGGAAGUUAUUUCUGGUUUCGGGUAGGGCUGGGCCUUUAAAUUUGGCAGAAGUAAUUGGGCCUGGGUAGGCUAUUGCUAAAAUUCAUGCACGUGCAGGGCUCUCCCCUGGAUUUGAGCUAUCUAGCAUGCGAAGGGGAGCAUUAUGUAAUUUAUGUUCUUUCUAAAGAGGGAAAUUUUUAUUUAUUUAACUAGGCAAGUCAGUUUAUGAACAAAUUCUUAUUUACAAUGACUGCCAAACCCGGACGAUGCUGGGCCAAUUGUGCGCAGCCCUAUGGGACUCCCAAUCACGGCCAGAUGUGAUUCAGUCUGGAUUUGAACCAGGGACUGUAGUGAUGCCUCUUGCACUGAGGUGCAAUGCCUUAGACCGCUGCGCCACUCAGGACCCAAAAAUAGCUGAUCUGUCCCAAACUUUUCAUGGUCUCAACAAAGCUGUCCUUUGAGGGCUUUAGGUAGGGUAGACAUUUUGGCAAAAUUAAGAGUAUUGAUUAAGAUUCCGAGGAAUGUAGAAGACAAAAAUAUUAUCCAAUUGAAGAAUAUCUAAGACUGAGCCAGUGUAUAUUUCUCUCCUGUGGCUGCGUCCUAAAUGAUCACUAUAUUUCUACCCAGGGCCUUGUUUCCGAGAGAUCUUUCCGUACAAUGUGCUUUUCAAUAGUCAAUAGUUGAGUAUAUGGCAAAUGGAAGUAGUCAUUUUGCACAGAUCUUUUUUGUAUGCUGGACCAAUUUAAGCUAAAUUGGAUUAGAAAUGACAUUUUAUACUAUACUUGCCGUGGUUUGGUCACUGUCACAACAAUGCAAAUGUUUUUCUUUUUUGGUGGGAGUUGAAAUGAAUAAAAUGUAUUUAACAAUU